AGCUGUGACCUGCCCCGCCUGCUGCUAGAUGCUGACAAGAGGAUCAAGGUGGAGAAGCCGGUGGUGGAGAUGGACGGUGACGAGAUGACCCGAAUCAUUUGGCAGUUCAUUAAGGAGAAGCUCAUCCUGCCCCAUGUGGAUGUCCAGCUCAAGUACUUCGACCUCGGGCUCCCGAACCGUGACCAGACCAAUGACCAGGUCACCAUCGACUCCGCACUGGCCACCCAGAAGUACAGUGUCGCCGUCAAGUGCGCCACCAUCACCCCGGACGAGGCCCGCGUGGAAGAAUUCAAGCUGAAGAAGAUGUGGAAGAGCCCCAACGGAACCAUCCGGAACAUCCUCGGGGGGACUGUCUUCCGAGAGCCCAUCAUUUGCAAAAACAUCCCCCGGCUUGUCCCGGGCUGGACCAAACCCAUCACCAUCGGCAGGCACGCCCACGGCGAUCAGUACAAGUCCACAGACUUCGUGGUGGACCGGGCUGGCACGUUCAAGGUGGUCUUCACCCCCAAGGAUGGCAGCGGUGCCAAGGAGUGGGAGGUGUACAACUUCCCCGCGGGCGGCGUGGGCAUGGGCAUGUACAAUACGGACGAGUCCAUCUCGGGCUUCGCCCACAGCUGCUUCCAGUACGCCAUUCAGAAGAAGUGGCCGCUGUACCUGAGCACCAAGAACACCAUUCUGAAGGCCUACGACGGGCGGUUCAAGGACCUCUUCCAGGAGAUCUUUGACAAGCACUAUAAGACCGACUUCGACAAGCACAAGAUCUGGUACGAGCACCGACUCAUCGACGACAUGGUGGCUCAGGUGCUCAAGUCCUCGGGCGGCUUUGUGUGGGCCUGUAAGAAUUACGACGGAGACGUGCAGUCAGACAUCUUGGCGCAGGGCUUUGGUUCUCUGGGUCUGAUGACGUCUGUGCUUGUCUGCCCCGAUGGGAAGACGAUCGAGGCGGAGGCUGCCCAUGGGACUGUCACCCGCCAUUACCGGGAGCACCAGAAGGGCCGGCCUACCAGCACCAACCCCAUCGCCAGCAUCUUUGCCUGGACGCGGGGCCUGGAGCACCGCGGCAAGCUGGACGGGAACCAGGACCUCAUCAGGUUCGCUCAGACCCUGGAGAAGGUGUGCGUGGAGACCGUGGAGGGCGGAGCCAUGACCAAAGACCUGGCUGGCUGCAUCCACGGCCUGAGCAACGUGAAGCUGAAUGAACACUACCUGAACACCACAGACUUCCUGGACGCCAUCCAGACCAACCUGGACAGAGCCCUGGGCCAGCCCUAGGGGGGGAGGCGCCGCCCGGCUGCACACGGCCGGCUGCCAACCGGGACUUGCACCAGCCCCGGCC